AUGUGUGAGCCCAUCGACAAUCCAAAGCUCAUGUACAACCAAUGGACAGAUGCAAUGAACCGCAAAUUCUUUGGCUCAGCUUAUCUAUAUAAUCGAGAAGACUUUGAUCGUCUGCGGGGUAAAUACGACGCGCUUCUCGACAUUCCUGCAUGUCUAUUCUGGGACGACUUCCACCGACUUUAUCCAGAUGUCAAAAUUAUCCUCACCUCCCGCUCUGCCGACUCAUGGUUCAAGUCCGUCAACAGUACUAUAAUUCCAUGGCUUCGAAAGCCAAUGCUAAACAUCAUGCAAUAUGUCGAGCCUAAUUGGUUGGGGCCUGAGUUCCGUAUGGUCAAGACAGCUUACAGGGCUAUCUGCAACAAUGACUAUUCGAAUGAUUUUGCCAAGAGACGCUUUAUGGACCACAAUGACCGUGUGCGAAAGGGCGUCAGCCCAGAGAGAUUUCUCGAGCUACAGCUGGGGGAUGGGUGGGGGCCACUGUGUGAAUUUCUCGGCGUCCCUGUUCCGAAGAUUCCCUAUCCACGAGUUAACAACGCACAUGAAUUCAACCAAGGAGCGGAUCAGGCUGACAGGGCUGUACUGAAAGGGUUUCUCGCGACGUGGGUGGCGUGUAUCACCCUUGUUCCGGCAGUUCUGCUGGGACUCCUUUGCUGGAAGACUGGAUACCUCCUCACGUUUUGA